ACCUUACACAUGUGCAAAGCAUCCCAUAAAAACUUAAAUUAAACAGACGUAUCCUCCUAACAUUUUUUCAGUUUGGGUACGUACUGUAGCUGUACUAUUAAAGGGUUGUGCUCUGCUGGUGUACUGCAGAAAUGAGCUCUCAAAAGUGUGUCAAUCUAAUCUUGAUUGGGCCACCUGGAGCAGGCAAAGGGACUGUGGCUCCAAAGCUCAACGAAGAUUAUGGAGUUACACAUCUUUCCACAGGAGAUAUGUUACGUGCCGUGAUUCAAUCUGGUCUUCCUCUUGGUCAAAAGAUCAAGGAAGUAAUUGAUUCAGGCAAGCUUGUCAAUGAUGAAUUGAUGGGAGAGAUGAUUUUGGCAGCCAUAAGGGAUUGCAAAAGAGGAUUUUUGCUUGAUGGAUUUCCUAGGAAUGAAAAGCAAGCAGAAAUGCUUUGCAACAUACUGAGCAAAGAAGGGCUCAAAUUGGAUACAGUCAUUGAGUUAUGUGUUCCUGAUGAACUGUUGGUGACACGAAUAUGUGGGAGGUUGCUGCACACAUCCAGUGGUAGAACAUACCACGAAACAUUUUGUCCACCAAAACUGCCCAACAAGGAUGAUGUUACUGGUGAAGAUCUUUGUCGUCGUUCAGAUGACAACGAGCCAGCACUGAAAAAGCGUCUUGAAGUGUUUCACACCCAAACAGCCCCCCUUAUUGAAUACUACAAGAAGCUCAAACUCCAUGCCAUGGUUGAUGCCUCAUGCUCUCCAGAAGAAGUGUACACUCAAGUUAGGGCUAUUUUGGACCAAAAAUGAACUUUAGGACAAUUGAACAUUUAGCAGUGAACAAAUUUGUAUGGUAUUAAUAGAUAUUUAUCAUAAUAAUAAUACAAUUAAGAUUCAUGUC